ACCAUGCAUUUUUAGACAACUAGCCAGCACAUGUGAUGGGAACGAUAGAACACACAAAAAAUCAGUUUAUCUUGUAAGUACCACAAUCCAUCAUUGUUUUUCCCAGGUGCUAAUCGUUGUACUAAUCACAUGCACAACAUACUUUUGACUUUUCUUGCCCAACCAGAAUCUUUUUGCUAAUUUGCUUUGCAUCGAUUAAAUAGAGAUUGAACUCGCCAAAUAUAUGAAACCCCACACGACAACACCCAUAGAGUUAUAGCUAGCUAGGUUAAUUUUCUGCUAUGGCUUAUUACAGAUUUCUUGAUGUGUUUUCAUGGAUUCAAAACCUUCCACCAAUCCCAGAAUGGAAAACAUCUUCCAUGUCCCUGAGCAUAUGUUCCACAAACUCAUCUCAACCAUCUCUUAAUCUCACCAUAGCAAAAAAUCAUCACCAAUCCUCAAGAAUCUCCUUAGCCAUUGUGGCAGACUUCAAUAUUCCCAUCUCUCUUUGGACCUCUAAACCUUUCAAACCUAGCACCAAAACCAUGAGGUUAACAGAUGAUGAAACUCUUUCCAACCUCCUUGUUAAUUUCAUAGAAGAGAUCCUUCAUUAUGGCACCAACAAGCACAGUAUUCCCUAUAUCAAGUUCCCCAAACUUGAUUCUGUUUCCAACUUCCAAGACAUUUUCAACCUUGCUUUCCUCACCCUCUUGUUCCUAGUUUGCAUAUACGAAGCCCCUUCUGAUCUUCGUUCUGGUUGCCUUAACACUUUGAAAGAACAAUUGGCAGGGUGUCAAUCAAGGCAAGCAUCAAAAUUUCUGAUGAAACUCUUGGGUUCCAACUUGGAAGAACAGUGGAUGCGUUCUGUGAACCUUGCGAUCACAAAUUGGAUUGUGGAGAUCCAACAAGCACAUCACACUGAUCACACCACCAUCAGAACACCAUCUCCUCUAUUUUCUUAUGCGUUCUCAACGUUUGGGUUGUGGAAAGUUCAAUUGUAUUGCCCUGUCAUAAACAUGGAUGUUGUGAAUGCAAACAACCAUCCAGCUGAUGAGAGGCUUGAAUUCUCUCUCAAAUAUCAGCAGCUUGAAGGUGUUCUUCAAUUCAAUUACAAAGUCAUAAUCAGAGAGAGGUGGGUUGAAAUCGUGGUGAACAUUGACAACAUAAGAUGCGAUGUUUUAAAACUGGUAAACGACAUUCUGAUGAGAGAACGAGGAGCAGGUGCAGCAGAAAAACAUUUCCCUUCAAGAAUCUCAUUGCAACUCACCCCCACACUUCAACACCAAGUACUAACCGUAUCCGUUGGCAAAUCCUCGGAGAACCCACGAAUAGAGUUUGGCGUGGAGAAAGGCAUAGAAGCCUCAUUCGAGCCACCAAAUCCUUACAUAGGACUUAGCGUAUCAGCAGGAGAGUCCACAACUGUGAGCUUAAAGCCCUGGAAAUUCGAGCAAUCAGUUCAUGGCUACAGUGCAAACUUGAACUGGUUUCUUCACGAUAGCACCGAUGGCAAGGAAGUGUUCUCCACAAAGCCUUCAAAGGUUGCGUUGUUUAAUCCAAAGUCAUGGUUCAAAGACAGGUAUUCGAGUGCUUAUCGUCCUUUCACGAGGCAAGGAGGGGUUAUCUUUGCACGCGAUGAAUAUGGAGAAAGUGUGUGUUGGAAAGUGGACAAAGGUGCUGUGGGGAAGACAAUGGAGUGGGAGAUAAGGGGUUGGAUAUGGCUAACGUAUUGGCCUAACAAGCACAAGACGUUCUAUCAUGAAACCAGGAGAUUGGAGUUCAGGGAAACGGUCUACCUCAAAAUUGCAUAGCUUAGGAGUCACGCAAAGGAAUAUAUCAAUCAAUUCUGAUUUGGACCAUAGAAACGAAUCAACUAUAUCACAAAUUCAUAUGUGUAUUAUUUUUCAUUUUAUUGAACAAGUGAUUAUAAUUGUAAAGAAAAUGAUAAUGGAGUGAAAUUAUUGUUUUGUUUUCA